ACGGCGCACCACAAGAUGACGGGGGUGGGCAACGCGCUCAAGCGCCACUACCAGGUCUUCCUGCUGGAGUAUGAGCAGGCCCACCCCGAGGACGUGACGGGCGACCGUUGCGGCAUCUGCGGGCGCGGCGACGAGCACGCCGCCGACUGGCUGUCCUGCGACAUGUGCGACUGCUGGGUGCACUUCUCCUGCGACACGCGGCAGGGCAGGGGCUCCUUCAAGGACUACAGCAAGGGGCGGGGCCGCCUGUACCACUGCCCCCGCUGCUCC